GGGGAGGGGGAGCAGCGGUGGCGCAAGCCGCGCGGAGCAGCGCAGUUCGGGUCGGCUCUCUGCUUGGCCGCUGGCUGCGACCCGGCCCGCCGACCCUGCGUCUCCGGAUACCUCUGAGCGGACGGGGAAGUCCAUGUUGCGGAACUUGGCGUUGGAGUGACGGAGCCCGAGCUUGCUGCGGUGGGGCCACCGCCAGGGGAGCGAGCGCCUCGACCUCGGCCUGAGGAAACGCUUUCUCAAGGAGAAAUGAAGAAGAAAACUGUGUGUACCGUACACAUGGGAGAUCAGGAGUAUGAAGAUACAGAAGGUGAAGGAAGCAGAAAUAAUACUGCUGCCACUGGUCUGUUGUACAGCGAAGCAGACAGAUGUCCAAUAUGUCUUACUUGUCUAUUAGAGAAAGAAGUUGGUUUUCCAGAAAGUUGUAAUCAUGUCUUCUGUAUGACCUGUAUUCUUAAGUGGGCAGAGACACUUGCUUCAUGUCCUAUUGACCGAAAACCUUUUCAGGCAGUGUUUAAAUUCAGUGCGUUGGAUGGUUGUAUUAAGGUUCAAGUAAAAAGACAGUUGAGAGACACAAAAGAAAAGAAAAAUGAAAUCUCUCUUAAGAAACAGCUAUCCUGUCAUGAAAGAUCUGAAGGCUUCCUAAGAAAAAAGGCCAUAAGAGAAGAUCUGUUAAGUGCAAGAUUUUAUGACUUGACACUGAUACAUAGAAACGCUUCAUAUCAUAAAACAGGAGGAAAGAAAAAUGCAGCAAUAAAGAUAGAUAAGCCUCGAAGAUCAAAUCAGUGUACAAGUUAUUGCUUCAGAAAUUUUUUCUCCAAUAUAUUUUCUUCUGGUAGUCAUAAUGGAGACUCUUCCUUUACUCGCAGAGCUUACUGUACAGAAUUUAUGGCAGUCAAUGAAAUCAGUGCCUUGAUUGGGCAGAAGAGACAGGAACUGGAAUUGUCAUGGUUUCCUGAUUCAUUACCUGGAAUUGGAAGAAUUGGUUUUAUACCUUGGAAUGUUGAAGCAGAAGUUCUUCCUCUCAUUUCUUAUGUGUUGCCAAGAACUAUUUUUCCAACAAGUACCAUAUCUUUAGAAAAUUUUGGUCCUCCUUGCAAGGGAUAUGCAUUAGCACAUACCCAAGAAGGAGAAGAAAAGAAACAAACUUCUGGUACUUCAAAUACCAGAGGAACAAGAAGAAAACCUGCAGCAACUCCUACAAGGAGAUCUACACGUAACACAAAAGCUGAGACAGUCAGUCAAUCUCAGAUAUCUCCAACAUCAAAUAAUUCUGGGUGUGAUGCCCCAGGUAACAAUAAUCCUUCUGUAAGUGUUUUCUCUCCAGCUGAAUCAGAAAAACAAACAAGGCAGGCCCCAAAACGGAAGUCUGUAAGAAGAGGAAGAAAACCACCUGUAUUGAAAAAGAAACUUCGGCGAUCUGUACCUCCCCCUGAAAAAUCAUCAUCUAGUGAUUCAGUAGAGGAAGAAACACUGGAAUCUGAUGCACCACCUGUGUUAGAGAAAGAGCAACAAUCAGAUGUAGAAGAAAGUACUAACAUUUUUUCUGUGCAGACAGAUGUAGAAAAUCAGUCUGCUAAGUGCUUGAAAAGUUGCAGUGAACAAAUAGAAGAAAAUGAAUGCAAGGAGAAUCAUGAUGUAGAGGAAAAAGUAGAAUCUUCAUAUUCUGGAUCUUGUACUGACGAUCCUCCUGUGUUAGUUAGAGAGGGGGAAGAAGACAAACCUGAGAAUACAGGUGUAGAGGCUGACAUUUUAAAUUUAAAAAGUGAAAUUUCUAAAGAUAUUUUUGAAAAAGAAAGUGAUCCAUUAGAAAGUCAAGACCAGAUACUGGAAUACCAAACAAACCAGCAAAUUGAUGGUUCUCAGCUACCUGUAAAUAUGAUGCAACCACAGGUGAAUGUAAUUCCACAACAAAUGAAUGCCCAGCACCAGCCUAUGAAUAUCUUCCCAUAUCCUGUGGGUGUUCACGCCCCUGUGAUGAACAUCCAGCGCCAUCCCUAUAACAUUCAUCCUCAGCUGCCUGUGCAUCUGCACACAGGAGUGCCUCUCGUGCAGGUAGCCGCUCCUCCCACUGUCACUCAGGGAUUGCCACCGCCACCGCCACCGCCACCGCCCUCCCAGCAAGUCAACUACAUAGCUGCACAGCCAGAUGGAAAACAACUGCAGGGUAUUCCUAAUGCUUCUCAUGUAAGUAAUAACAUGAGUACACCAGUCUUGCCUGCUCCGACAGCAGCCCCAGGAAAUACGGGAACAGUUCAGGGACCAAGUUCUGGUAACACUUCGUCAUCGAGUCACAGCAAAGCCUCUAAUGCUGCUGUAAAAUUGGCAGAAAGCAAAGUAAGUGUUACAGUGGAAGCCAGCGCAGAUAGCUCGAAGACAGACAAGAAAUUACAAAUUCAAGAAAAAGCAGCACAGGAGGUAAAACUGGCGAUUAAGCCAUUUUACCAAAACAAAGAUAUCACCAAGGAAGAAUAUAAAGAGAUUGUACGGAAAGCAGUAGAUAAAGUUUGUCAUAGUAAGAGUGGAGAAGUAAAUUCUACUAAAGUGGCUAAUCUGGUUAAAGCCUAUGUAGACAAAUACAAAUACUCACGGAAGGGGAGCCAAAAGAAAACUGUGGAGGAGCCUGUGUCUGCUGAAAACAACGUAGGCUGAGAUGAGGAACGCUGUAAAGGACAUCAUCAAGACACCUGCGAAGUGCAAUUUCAACAUGACCAUCAGGAGAAAGUCAUGCACAACUGUGACUGAAAUUGGUUUUGAUAAAAUUAUUUUUUUUAAUGUAGGCUAGGCUGUUUUGUUCUAAAUAAAUAUAAUUCUGCACUGCAACUUCCAUAUCCACACCCUCACCUCCAAUAAAUAAAUUCAAGAGAAAGUAAAAGGUUUAAAGGAAUGUGCAUUUUUUACUAGAACUGUGUACUCAUGUGGAUUCUGGAAGGUGUUGUACAGCUUUUUGAUUUGACUGUAGGGUUAUAACAAUGGGGUGCAUAAAUUAGAAACUUCUACGUGCACUGGCUUUGGAAGAGAUAUAUGUAUAAUACUUUUAUUCUGUCAGACUAAAAAAAGUAUGAACUCUGACUUUCUUCCUCUAAUUAUAGAAAGUUAAAUAAUGUAUUACCAUGAAAAAUAUUUCUAAUAAAUAGAACAUACCCAAUUGCAGGGUUCCUAAUGUGUAUUUUUAAAGCACAUAUCUGCUUAGAUAGAAAAUAAAUUAUCACUUGAAUAAAAUUUAGUGUUCAAAACUUUGAGAACUCUUCACCUAUGUGUCACCAAAUAAAGGUUAUGCUGCUGUUUUUCUUUUGUGCCUUUUUUUCCCCCAGUUGAGAUUAAGCAGUUUGAUUUGCUAGAUUAUGACUUAGGCAGUUCAAAGUCAUUGAAUUUAGAAGACCAAUUUGAAAACGUGUUGACUUUGUAAAAAUUAUGUUCUUGCAUCAUAUCUUUUAUGAAAUGAUAAAUUAUUUGUGCCAAGUGGACAGAUGUUUAGUGGGAACCCUCCCUUCCUUGGGACUAAGGUAGAAAUUCCAAGACUGACUCACUGGCUUCAGAUUGUUGCUCAUCUUAUCUAGUCACUUGUGAAAUCUUUCCACAUGUGAAAAAUCCCCAAAUGCUUUACAGCACAUGUAGUGUUAAUUUGAUGACCAUAUCAUAGCCAUUGGUCAUGUUUAAAAUUCUAGAUAUUAAAACCUGUGCUUGACAAAGGGAGAGGAGAAUUAAGUAGUGGAGUUUUUUUGUUUGUUUGUUUUGUUUUUGUUUUGGUACUGGGGAUCAAACUCGGGUCCUUUCCUUGCAAGGCCAGGCAGCAGAACCACUCAGCUAAAUCCCUGGUCCCAAGUAGUGGAGUUUUGAUUAGGCUUCCAAGGACUAGGGAUUCGGUUACUUUUUGAAAGUACAUUUACAAUCUGUUAAUUUUUAUAAAAGGUAAGUUUAAAAUGUUUAUAGCACCUUUACUUGGCAUCUAGAAAGACAAAUGAGUUCUUUCCAUGAUAAGCUAUCUUUCAUUCCAGUAGUGAUUUUCACUAGAUACCAAAUAACUGGAAUGGUAUUAAGAUAACAUGUUAACAGAUCCAAGGUAAAUCAGCACGACUUGGUGAUACAGAUCCUUUUACUCACUACUAGUGAGAGCAAUAAUUGGUGGAACUGCUUUUAUAAAGUUAGAGAUUAUCCCUUUCUCAGUUUUUUGUGCAUAAUACUUUCCUGGUGCUAGGUUUGAUAGACAAAAUAUUUUGAAAUGUUGGACCCCAUGGUGAUUGUGCUUUGUUAAUAAGCUUUGUUAGGUUAGGAUUGGGAUCCUACAAAAUUUUCAAGCAGUUUUUAAUCUUCAUUCUACAUUUCUGGGUGUUUGUAAUAUGGUAUUUUACUUAAAAUAUAUAUAUAUUUUUAAUUAAAGUUUGUGUUCGGAUUAUGGGGAAAGAGGUUUAGAAGUAUGUUUGUUCUAAUGAAGUAUUGAGACAGUUUUAAAUAUCAGUGCACACCUCCGGAGUUGUUUCAGUUUCGAAUUCCAUAAACUGGUGUGAACUUGCAGUCUAUUUUGAAUUAAAGCUGGUUCACGCUUUGAAAUUUUGUGGCAAAUUGCUGUGCCUGAGCUGAUAAAUCACACAAUUCAUGCUUUUCCUGCAUUUUAAGUGACAUUUGGGAAUUGAGUGACUUAAAAAUGUAUUACCAUUCAGCUUUUGCAACAAGGUUUUAAAGUUUUGAAUAAAAGCUAGGUGAUGUGGUGAAGAGUUAAAAGCCCCGUAAAUUAUUUUCAUCAUUCUCAAAAAUAACAAGUAUGUUUGCCAUAUCUGAUUGGUGUACUGGUUGGACUGUAUUUAAAAUUGUUAAUGAAGAAUGUUGCUGGGUUAGAAUUUAAAUUUUUAAACUCUGAACUGUGUAAGAAUGAAUUAGAAAAUGCAUGCUUUACGUUUUUAAAUACAUGGCUUUAACAUUGCCCAUUCCCCCCCCCCCCGAAAUUCACAAUAAUUUUGCAUGUGCACAAACUUAAUCAGAAACAGUUUUGGGGGCUACAGAUUCCUUUUUUCUUUAUCAGGAUUCAGUAUUGACCUUUGACCUUUGAACCUUGGUCCCUUUUUACUUACUAGUCACAUUGACCGAUGUUUUAGAUUAUAGAGAUAACCUAGAAUUUUGAGACUAAUAGUAGUUAGCCGUUAUUUUAACAUUCCAAAAGUUUUGUAAUUUUUGUUGAGUUCUGCUUACCACAUUUUCUGCAUUAUUUUCCUUUAAAUGACUGCACUGUGUGCUGCUUCAGUGUUUCAUCCAAAAGAUGUAGUUUCAGUGGUUGCCCCAGGGUCUGAAACAUUGUAGUAAGAGGUUGGAGUGCUGUCUACUGAAACAUACUCUUAAAUAUGUAGUGUGUAAUAUUUUCUAAUAAAUCCUUUUGAUAAACAAA